CUUUCUCUUUCCUAACUGCCUUUAAAGUGUCGCUUUCCUUGUCCACAGAAUAGCUAGCAAUUAGUUUGGUUCUUUCACAGAGGCUGAAAGAGGGGAAGUAGGUCAUGAAAUGUUAUUUUAUUGGUUCAGCGUUCUUGCUUUCUUGCUUUUUAAAAGUGUACCCUCUGGAAAUGGGGAGUGGGUUUAGGACAGUGGAAGCAAACGUGCUGUUGCACCAGGAGGCACAAGCAAGGCAUCAAGAAUAUUUCCCUUGGAGCCUUUCAUGGGAUCAGUGGGAGCGUUUUCCAAAAUGGGGUUUUCAACUUGACAGCUCUGAUAGCAAACAAAUGUAGCGUUUGAAGUUGGUGGGAAGGAAGUCACACAGAUUUUCCUACUCAGACAUUAAAAUCAUCCUUCUAGCUUAACUUGAAAUGAAACUAUCCUGCUAGCAGAGAAACACGCACAGGAACAUAGAGGUCCUGUCUCAUACCAGGUCAGGCUUUUUGCUCAUCGUGCCUAGUAUAUUCUACUCUCAACUGGCGGCAGCUUCCCAGAUUGAUUAUAUUUCUGUGCCACUUUUCAUUCAAAUGAAUCUCAAAGCCACUUACAAACAAUAAAUAGCAAUUAAGAAGUAAUGUUUGUUCUUUUCGUUGCAAAAGCAGAAGAACGGAAAUUGUUGAAGGUGGACUUGUGGACUUGUGCGAUGGCUGCUGAGCUAGACUUCUCACCCCCUGAAAUCCCAGAGCCUACGUUCAUGGAGAACAUCCUGCACUAUGGCCUUUUCUUUGGUGCCAUUUUCCAACUCAUCUGCGUACUGGCCAUUAUCCUUCCCAUUCCAAAGACACACAAAAUGGACACCGAAAACUAUGAGACAAAAACUUCAGAAGUGGUAAAGAAACCCAAAGCUGCCACAGCAUCGUUGAGCAAGAAACCCAAGAAAGAAACCAAGAAGAAGCGGUAAAACAGCUUAAUGAUGAAACUUUCAAGACAGGGUUACUAUUGACCAUUGAGCUUUCUUCAAGACUACAUUGAUGAAGUACAACUUAAAUGUAACACAGUUUUGGGAAAGCUAUGCAUAUUCUUGUUUCUGGUCAAGAGGAAGUAUUUCCUAAAAUGGCUUGAAGAGUAUUGUUUUAUCUGAUCUGUUGUAAAUACAUGUAUGGUUUACUGGACAUACCUACGUAGCAUGGAAGAUCUUAGCAAUUACUGGGGCCCGGAGGGAGCAGUUCAUCCCUUUUGUGAUGCUCAAGAUGCGAAAUGCCGGUCCCAUGAAAUGGGUUUUGGCCCCACAAAAUGCAUUUCUCCAUACUUCAAAAAGACAGAGGGAUCAUUCACUACAGCUCAUUUUGUUUGUCAUUGAUGAAAGGGAUCAGCUCCUACAGCUUCUUAUUUUGUAUGCCAUUGAUGUGCUUAAUAUACCUGAUUUUAUAUCCGAA